GUUCCUACGCCGUGACGUUGAUGAAUUCUCUCCUGGCGACCUAUAACCCCGGAGUCCGACCUGUACUGAACUCAUCUAUCGCUGUACACGUCAACGCCACAUGGGAGGUCAUAGUUGUUAGGGGAGUGGUUGAAAAAGAGUCCAAAACACUAAUGACUGUCAGAAUCGCUUGUACUUGGAAAGACGAAUUUUUAACAUGGAAUCCACGUCUUUACGGAAAUGUAUCACGACUUGUUUUUGGAGGGUCGCAAAUUUGGAGUCCACGAUUGCUCAUCUUAAACAAACUAGGACAGUUUAUGUCCAAAGGCUUUACGGAGGACUUAAUCGAAGUGACCAGCGAUGGUAUAGUUACUGCCACACAUUCGGGGGACAUUGAACUCGCCGCUAAUAUGGACACCCAGAGGUUCCCAUUUGACAGCCAAGUUUGCUCAGCUUUAAUCCAAUUCAAUAAGUAUACACCUUCCGAGGUGUAUAUGGAAGACGUGCGUCUGGAAAUUUUCCAAUAUACAGAAUCGCCUGUGUGGGAGAUAGCCAGUGCCGACACAAUAUAUUUCUUUUACCCAUAUACUCAGAUUGCCUCAUUUAAGUUUACACUGAAGAGAAAACCUCUUUAUUACGUGUUUACUAUGUUUGGACCAUCUUUUAUAUUAUCUAUUCUCCUAUUGGCUGCUUUCUUUUUACCCAAUGACAAUGGAGAGAAGAUUAUGUGCGGGACUACCAUUUUUCUGUCUUACGUCGUGUUUUUGACUUAUUUGUCAGAUAUGUUACCCGAGGAUUCCAACAAUGUUCCUAAAGUUGGAAUUUACUAUUUAUUACUGAUGGUCAGCAGUGCCGUUAUGGUUGUCAACUCUAUAGCAGUGAAUUCCUUUAGAGAGAAAGAUGAUGGACUCUGUUUUCUUAAAGCCACAAAGAGACAUAACGUUCAGCGUAUUUUGCCAAGAAUUAUAAAUAUGAUCUGUUUUGUAAUUUCUUUUGCCUGCACUUUUUCUGCAUUUCUAAUUAUAUUUGAUCAGUAGUGAUAAGACAUGGUAGAAAUUUAUGAAAUGCUAAAAAUACCUCA